GAACACAGUGGAAUACUUCCUACAGAAUUAUAUAAGUGGUUGCCAGCUAACUUUAGCAUUAACACAGAAAUUGAAAGCGAAGAGGUUUGGGGAUCGGUGCAUGAAGUUUUUCACGACACCACCGACAUCAAAGCCAAAACUGCGAUUUGUGGAGAAAUUUAUAGAAAUUAUCUGCAGGUACAAUGUAAACCCUCGCCAGAUGCUUUUAAUCCAUGUGAAGAUCUUAUGGGCAAUUGGGCUUUACGAGUUCCCGUAUGGUUCAUUUCACUUUCAGCUGUAAUUGGUAAUGGCUGCAAAGUCGCUGGAUUUCUAACUGUUUUUGGAAAUAUUCUUUCGGUCUACACCCUUACAGUCAUAACCACUGAACGAUGGUAUACCAUAACUUGGGCAAUUCACUUAAACAAACGGCUUAAGUUAAGAAAUGCGGUCAAAGUUAUGUUAGCUGGCUGGAUAUGUGCGAUAUUUAUGGCCACUUUGCCACUGAUUGGCAUUAGCAGUUACUCCAAGACAAGUAUAUGUUUACCAUUAGAAUCUAAGGGAAAAGCUGAUACCAUUUACUUGUCGACAUUACUAGCCUUUAAUGCGUUGGCAUUUGGAUUAAUUUGUGUCUGCUAUGGAAGCAUGUAUAAAUCUAUAAGAGAAGGUGGACGCACUGGAUCUUCAACAUCAGUUAGAAAUGAUCUCACAGUAGCUAAACGCAUGGCACUUCUCGUUUUUACAGAUUUCGCUUGCUGGGCUCCAAUAGCAUUUUUUGGAAUUACUGCUCUAUUGGGAUUUCCUUUAAUCACCGUUACUAAUACAAAAAUAUUACUGGUAUUCUUCUAUCCCCUCAAUUCGUGCGCCAACCCAAUUCUCUACGCAUUGUUGACACAACAAUAUCGAAGAGACUUUUUUAUUUUAAUGGGUCGGUAUGGUAUUUGUAAAGAAAAAGCAGAAAAACAUAGAGGAGCGAUCGGUGGAAAGCCUCUUCCAUAUGGAGCAGGAGUGCAAUAUAAAAAGACUUGCAUGGACAGCAGCCUAAAAGCUGGUGGAGCAAAUAACAGAUGUUCUACAAUGACAAGUAUGACAACAGUUGUGUCAGUGGAAUGUCCCAUGUUAAGGACUUGUUCGAGAAAUAGUUCGUCAAAUUACAGACCUGAGUCUGUAAUGGCGUUAUCAGAUUUUAAUGUUAAAAAUAUGAACAAUUUUCAUGAAUGCAAUAAAUAUAUCGCCAGUGAAAAUCUGUAA